AAAAAUUGAAGCUUCCUUGCGCAUCACUCAACCCCACCAAGAAGGGGCUUCAAAUGCUUGGGCGUCAAAUUUGACCCGCAAGUUUCAAUGUCCUUUCUUUAUGCCGUCACUAUCUCGUCGUGGAAUCUCCCCCAUCCUCGUUGCUCCCACAGUCAACAUUUUGCAGCAAAAAUCGUUAAAAGGGUUUACAGGAUAGAAGGUUGGAUUUUACUUUAACCCGUUUCAAGGUGAAGGAAAAGGAGAACGGUUUCAAUUCCCCCACCCAUCUUUUUCAUCCGCGUUAUCUCUGUCUCAUUGCGUAGAAAGUGAACCCUCUUUUGGAUUUGUUUUUUUAGUCGCUUUCUCUCAUUGUUUCGCCUGUUUAUCGUUUCAUUCAACCACUGAUUCUUGUGCACCACGCUGAUUUCUUGCCAAAGUGGGGUAAAUUUUGACUCUCUUUCUUAUAUAGAGCUUCAGAAGCUGAGAACUCCCUUCAUUCUUCACAUAGAUUGAGCUAAACCCUGCUGAGUGUUGUAGUACACCCAUCUUGCAUAAAUAUUCAUGGGUUUCUUUGAUUUCUCUAUGAACAGCUUAACUAACUUAUUCUUUUAUGACCCUUCUUCCCCUGUGGGCUCUGCUGCUCACUUUCUCCUUGAACCCAAUGUAGCUCAUGGCCUGUCUGGUUUAGCUCACCUAGUUUUGUUUCUUGUUCUUUUCUUCUCAUGGGUGUGCUUAAAGUUGAAGGCAGAGUGUGGGGAACGUCGAAGAGAGACGAGGUGUUUGUAUGAUAAGGGAACUUACAUAUGCUGCCUCGUUAUCUCUGUUUUUAGUCUUGUUUUCUUUUCUCUUGACUGCUUCUACUGGUAUAGAAAUGGGUGGUCUGAGGAACAUAUGGUGACCCUUUUGGAUUUUGGGUUGAAAGCAAUUGUAUGGGGCGUUGUUUCCUUUUGUUUACACUCCCAAAUUCUCAAAUCAGGAAAAUCUAAGUUUGCAAUUCAUUUGAGAGUUUGGUGGGUUUCAUACUUUGCUGUCUCUUGUUACUGCCUUGCUGUGGACUUGGCUCUUUAUAGACAAGCCCAUUCGUUGCCUAUCAGAUACUUAGUAUCUGAUAUUAUGUCGAUCGUCUCUGGUUUAUUGAUCAUGUAUGUUGGGUUCUUUGGGAAGAGUGUGAGUGAACAAAACCCACUUGAAGAACAUCUUUUAAAUGGAGAAUCAAGCUAUACUUCUCUCAGUAAUGGCGACGUCGAGCUGAAGAACUGCAGAGGAGAUGAAACUGUGACCCCUUAUGAGACUGCUGGAAUAUGGAGCAUUCUUUCAUUCUCUUGGAUGGGUCCUCUGAUUUCAACUGGAAGUAAAAAGGCGUUAGACCUUGAGGAUAUUCCUCAACUUGCUAGCCAUGAUGCUGUUUCUGGGACCUUUCAGAUUCUUAGAAACAAGCUUGAGUCUGAAUGUGGAAGCAUCAAUAGACUCACCACGCUUUCUCUGAUUAAGGGUUUGCUUUACUCAGCUUGGAAAGAAAUACUUCUAUCCGCUUCUUUUGCAUUAGUUUACACAUUGGCUACUUAUGUUGGCCCCUAUCUUAUUGACACUUUUGUUCAAUAUCUCAAUGGUCGUCGAGAUUUUGAAAAUGAGGGCUACGUUUUGGUUUGUGUAUUCUUUCUGGCGAAACUCGUGGAGUGUCUUGCAAUGAGGCAUUGGUUCUUUAGGGUACAACAAAUCGGAUUGAGGGUUCGGGCAGCAUUGGUUGCAAUGAUCUACAACAAGGGUCUGACUCUUUCUUGCCAAUCAAGGCAACAGCACACAAGUGGGGAGAUUAUCAACUUCAUGACUGUAGAUGCGGAGAGGGUCGGUGAGUUCAGUUGGUAUAUGCAUGAUGUUUGGCUGGUGUUUUUUCAAGUUGUACUGGCCCUGUUGGUUUUGUAUAAGAAUCUUGGUCUUGCUUCCAUUGCUGCUUUUGUUGCAACCAUAGCUAUUAUGUUGGUAAAUGUUCCAUUGGGAAAGUUGCAGGAGAAGUUUCAGGACAAGAUUAUGGAAUCAAAAGAUGCUAGGAUGAAGGCAACAUCUGAAAUCUUGAGGAAUAUGAGGAUUCUUAAGCUUCAAGGAUGGGAAAUGAAGUUUCUAUCUAAGAUAUCAGAACUUAGAAACAUUGAGGCGGGAUGGUUAAAGAGGUUUCUUUAUACAUUGUCGGUUACCACGUUCGUCUUUUGGGGUGCCCCGACGUUCGUGUCGGUGGUCACGUUCGGGACUUGUAUGCUUCUAGGGAUCCCAUUAGAAUCAGGGAAAGUCUUAUCUGCCCUUGCAACAUUUCGGAUUCUUCAAGAACCAAUUUACAAUCUUCCUGAUACAAUAUCAAUGGUGGUCCAAACCAAAGUUUCACUUGAUAGAAUAGUGUCAUUCCUUCGUCUUGACGACUUGCAGUCUGAUAUUGUAGAGAGGCUUCCAAGUGGUAGUUCUACUACAGCAGUUGAGAUUGUCAAUGGAAGCUUUUCUUGGGAUUCGUCUUCGUCGAAUCUGACAUUGCGUGAUAUCAAUUUCAAAGUGGAACAUGGCAUGAGAGUUGCUGUUUGUGGUUCUGUAGGCUCAGGCAAGUCCAGCUUGCUAUCAUGCAUCCUGGGGGAGAUACCUAAAAUGUCUGGGAACCUGACGGUGUGCGGGACUAAGGCCUACGUAGCUCAGUCGCCAUGGAUACAGAGUGGGAAGAUUGAAGAGAACAUACUCUUUAGCAAAGAGAUGAACAGAGAAAGGUACAAAAGAGUUCUUGAAGCAUGUUGUCUAGAAAAGGACCUCGAAAUUCUUGCAUUUGGCGACCAGACGGUAAUAGGAGAAAGAGGAAUCAAUUUAAGUGGUGGACAGAAGCAAAGAAUCCAAAUUGCUCGUGCCUUAUACCAAGAAGCUGAUAUUUACUUGUUUGAUGAUCCUUUUAGUGCAGUUGAUGCUCAUACAGGUUCACACCUCUUCAAGGAAUGUCUGCUUGGUGUUCUGAGUUCAAAAACAGUCAUUUAUGUAACUCAUCAAGUAGAAUUUUUACCUGCUGCAGAUCUUAUCUUGGUAAUGAAAGAUGGAAAGAUCACUCAAGCUGGAAAGUACGAUGAAAUUCUUCGUUCUGGAACCGACUUUAUGGCACUCGUUGGUGCACACGAGGAAGCAUUAUCAGCCAUUAAUUCUGUUGGAGCUUCUGCUAGCAAGGAAGAUGGGUCUAUGCUUAGUACCAAUGGCAUUACUGAUGAGGAAGACAAAGGAGACAUACAAGAUGGGAAGGCUGUUGAUGCCACUGAGUCAAAAGGGCAGCUUGUACAAGCAGAAGAGAGAGAGAAAGGAAGUGUUGGGUUCUCAGUUUACUGGAAAUAUAUCACUUCUGCUUAUGGUGGAGCUCUUGUGCCUCUUAUAUUGCUUGGUCAGAUUCUCUUUCAGAUUCUUCAAAUUGGAAGUAAUUAUUGGAUGGCAUGGGCUACUCCUGUUUCGAAGGAUACGGAGCCUCCUGUUUCCACCUCUCGAUUGAUCAUCGUCUACGUUGCGUUGGCCUUUGGAAGCUCUUUGUGUAUCCUCAUGAGAUCGACCCUUCUCGUGACAGCUGGUUUUAAAGCAGCAACUGAACUCUUCGUUAAAAUGAACACGAGCAUCUUCCGAGCUCCCAUGUCGUUCUUCGAUUCUACUCCCAGUGGAAGAAUUCUCAAUAGGGCCUCCACAGACCAAAGUGCCAUCGAUAUGGAUAUACCUUUCCGAGUUGGGGCCUUCUGCUUCAAUGCGAUUCAGCUCGUGGGAAUUAUUGCUGUAAUGUCUCAAGUUGCAUGGCAAGUUUUCAUUAUCUUUAUCCCUGUGAUGGCUCUGUGCAUCUGGUAUGAGCAAUAUUACAUUUCAGCAGCACGAGAGCUGGCACGGUUGAUCGGAGUAUGCAAAGCUCCAGUUAUACAACUUUUCUCCGAAACCAUUUCUGGAUCAACAACUAUUAGGAGCUUUGAACAAGAGUCCAGAUUCCAGGACACCAAUAUGAAACUGACCGAUGCAUAUUCUCGUCCCAAGUUCCAUAACGCUGCAGCGAUGGAAUGGCUCUGCUUCCGUCUCGAUAUGUUGUCGUCCAUUACAUUUGCCUCCUCCUUGAUUUUCUUAAUAUCUAUCCCUGUGGGACUCAUUGAUCCAGGCAUUGCUGGCUUGUCAGUAACAUAUGGACUGAACCUAAAUAUGUUGCAAGCUUGGCUAGUAUGGAACCUUUGUAGUAUGGAGAACAAAAUCAUUUCGGUUGAGAGAAUAUUUCAAUAUACUUCAAUUCCUAGUGAGCCACCUCUAGUCAUUGAGGAAAACCGACCAGAUUGUAGCUGGCCAGCAUUUGGAGAAGUUGAACUUCGUGAUCUGCAGGUUCGUUACGCACCGCAACUGCCUCUUGUGUUGCGCGGUAUUACAUGUACUUUCCCAGGAGGGAAGAAAACUGGCAUUGUUGGGAGAACAGGAAGUGGCAAAUCAACUCUAAUACAGACACUUUUCCGAAUAGUUGAUCCUGUAGCAGGUCAUAUUGUGAUUGAUAACAUCGACAUAACGACGAUCGGACUUCAUGAUUUGCGGUCGAAACUCAGUAUCAUCCCGCAGGAUCCAACCAUGUUUGAAGGCACCGUGCGGAGCAACCUCGAUCCACUUGAAGAAUAUGCAGACGAAGACAUUUGGGAGGCAUUGGAUAAAUGCCAACUUGGAGAUGAAGUGAGAAAAAAGGAAGGAAAGUUGGAUUCUGCAGUUACUGAGAAUGGAGAGAACUGGAGCAUGGGUCAGAGGCAGCUCGUGUGCCUCGGUCGGGUGCUGCUUAAGAAGAGUAAGGUGCUGGUCCUUGACGAAGCAACUGCAUCAGUCGAUACAGCUACAGAUAACUUGAUUCAACAGACUCUCCGACAACAUUUUUCCGACUGUACAGUCAUUACGAUUGCACAUCGGAUAACUUCUGUCCUUCAUAGUGACAUGGUUUUGCUUCUAAGUCACGGACUCAUUGAAGAGUAUGACACCCCUACAAGAUUGCUAGAAGAUAAGUCAUCCUCAUUUUCUCAGUUAGUUGCAGAGUACACACAUAGGUCGGGUUCUCGAUAAAAGGCAUAGCAAAUGAUUUAAUAUAUACCGUACCGAAGACCUCCAACCGAUAACUAGGCGAUGAUGGCGAAAAUGUGUACUAUUCUGAAGAUCUUGGUUUGGAGUCUUUGAAUAGGUGAAAGAAUAAUCUGUUGACAUAUACUACCGUUUACUAGAUUUACCUCAUAAGAAAUUUUGGAACCUUGUAAGAGAUGUCUUUUUAAUUAGCACUGUGUGCGUAAAUUUACUGAGACUUGUAAACGCUUGAGUUUGCAGAUAAUAAAGUAAAUUUUUCAUCA